GUGAAGUACUCAUCACAGCACUGAAGACAUCACAUACCAAUCAUCAGCGAGGGAGGUGCAUCCGCCUUUAAAAAAGGAGUGUUUGUUUGAAAAAUAUCUGACAUUUCCACUCGACUCCCGAUCUCUGAACACAGGAAGACUCUCGACACUCAACAUCACUUGUUGGCUCCUUCUUCUCUUCACCGUGUUUGACCCCCCUCCCCCCUCCAUCUCUGGCUGUUUUUGAAGCUCUGUCCUGACUGCAGAUACAAUCAUCUGUUUCUGGGUUACAGCUCCACAGAGGCCAGUGACUGAGAUGAAGAACUUUAUUAAGUCCAUCCUCAUCCUCGCUGCUGUGUUUAAGUCAGCUACAAGGGCAGAGGUAGAAGAGUUGGUCUAUGUUCAGCUCGGAGACAAAGUUAUCCUCAAGCCUCCAGUGGUGGCAAAUUUACAGGAUCAUUAUCUGUACUGGUUUUUCGAGGGGGAAAAUGGCCCAAAACUCGCCUGGCGCAAUAUCUUUGGUGGAAAGAAACUUAUUGGAGAUGAGUCCUGGAAUAAAAGGGUGUCUCUGUCUGAUGAUGACUCACUGGUCAUCACAGACAUCCAACAAGAACAAUUUGGGACAGUCAUCUGUGUAGUGAAUAAAGAUGAUCAAAAACAUUUAAGAACUUACAAACUGCUUAAAGUCAAUGUCGCCAUGGACCCAACGUCUCCUCUGGUGCCGGGAGAAUCUCUGACUCUGACUUGCAGCGAAGAGACUCCUAACAUUUACCGAAAGCCAGCGAUACACUGGCUGAGUCCUCAGGGGAAGAAAAUUAAAGCCAACAGAGGAAGAAUCACAGCCAGAGUCACAGGCCAAGACGAUGGCCAGUGGGCUUGUGUUGUGACCAAUAAUAACAAGGAAAGCAAAGCCAACAUCUCUGUCACUGUUGUGGACCUCUCUCCAGCUCCUGAUCAUCUUCAGUAUACGUCGACAUCCUCGCCUCUGACCAUCCCCUGUUCGAUUCCUGCUCACAUCACCUGGGAAAAGGUCAAAGCGGUGAACAUCCAGGAAGUUAACUGGUACUUUUUUCCUAAACCAAAUGACUCGCAGAGGCUCUUCUACCUCAAUCCAAUUGAUCCACCGACCUGGACGAAAGACCAGGGCAGAGACCUGACCCAUGUACCCGACCUCAAAAAAGGAGUCCUGUCAUUAACCAGAAAGCUGGGGAGAAAGGACGACAAAGGGGACUACGUGUGCUCCAUGAAAGUUAGAAACGGUGUGACUCUGAAUGUGACUGUGCACGUAAAGGUGCUGCAAAUCACCUCAUCCCCAGCAGCAGGGAUCAUCUCUGGUCAGCAGGUUGACCUGACGUGCGGCCUUGGUGAGUCGCUGCACUCUGACCUGAAGCUGAAAUGGGUCCCUCCUCGACAAUCACCCCUGCCGCCUCUAAAACCUGACCAUCACCCCGCCCAGCUCAUCAUCCCGGAAGUGGGUACAGGACACGAAGGGAAGUGGAGGUGUGAGCUGUGGCAAGGAAAUAAGACGCUGACAUCUGCUGCGAUAGCUCUUAAGAUCGAGCGAAAGCUGAGUGUGUGGAUGCUGGUGAUCAUAUGCAGUGUUACAGUCAUCGUAGUCCUCCUCCUGCUCCUCCUCUUCAUCAUCUACAGACGCAGACAUAAGAGUAAACACAUCAGGCAUCGACUCUGUAAAUGCAAAAACCCGAAGCCCAAAGGAUUCUACAGAACAUAAAUCUCCCACAAAGACAUUUCCAGGAGGACAUUGCAGCCAAUUGAAUUUCUGUCCAGAUAAGAUGGAUUUUUUCUGUCAGAUCCACUAAACGGUGAACCUCUGUAAGGUGUGUUUGAUGAGGGGCUGAAAGUUCAGUUAUUGUUAAAAUGUCAGAGAAGAAAUACGUUUUACAAGUGUAGAUAAGAGGAUUUCUUUUAUAUAUGUAAUGUAACAUAUGAUCGAUGGUUUGAAGAUUUUUCUAUUUCCAGAAUUCCUUAAAGGUGACAUAUACCCCUUUCCCACCUUUUAACACAGUCCUCUGUGGUCUAAAUGAAACAUCUGUGACAUGAUUUGGGCAAAAUCAAUAUGAUUCAAGGACCAGAGGAGGUUUCUGACCUUGUAUAAACCAGCGCUUAAUAGUCUUUCUCUCAGAAUGCAUGGUUAUGGUGUGUCUCUUUAAAUGCAGAUUAGCUCAUCUUUUCAUAGAGGUGCGAUUAAAUGAGUACAGCUGUGUGCUACAGUAACCACAGGUGAAGAUAGCAUGUGAUAGGCAGGUGUCAUUAUAAUGACCCCCAUUGAUUCUGAACAGACAUCAUAGAUACUUUAUAAAAUAUAUAAAAUAAUUAUAAUUAUAAAUAUAUGAAAUAUUAUGAUUAGGUUUUCCAUGAUAUAUCUCUUUUAAGAAAACUGUUGUUAAAUCAAAUACUCUUUUUCCAUUAUUGUGUGUAUUAUAAUUUUGUUUAUUAUUUUUAUGUUAUACUCCAUAUAAUUAGGUUGUCUUUUGUGAUGUUUUGUAAUGCCAUUUUUAUGACAUUCUAUAGAUGCUAUAAUACUGCAUUUUAAGGCUUGUUCAGUCCCUGUAAAAUGUUGACAAGCAUUUUUGAGUCAAAACGUGAUGAACUUCAAUAGAAAUACUUUAUAACUGAGGUGCAGAUGGCCUAGUGGCUAGGUUGUGCCCCAUGUACAUGGGUGGCCCGGGUUCAAGUCUGGCCUGCAGCUCCUUUCCUGUAUGUCCCUACUCUCUCACCCCUGUUUCUGAG